GGGUGGCGGGAGCGGGAAGGAGUUCGGAUUGCCGAGCGUCUCUGUGGUGGUGAGGAGAGCGCUGUCUGUCCCCCGGCCCGCCGCCCCGGCAUCCGAGCAGCCGCCCCCUCGGAGCCCGACGCGUCCCCCUCGGCCUCGUCUCCAUCCCCCGAGCGCCUGCCUCGGAGCUCCAGCGGGACUCGACGUCCUCAGCACCCCAGCCGGCCGCGGCGAUGCAUGUGAUCAAGCGAGAUGGCCGCCAAGAACGGGUUAUGUUUGACAAAAUUACAUCACGAAUCCAGAAACUUUGUUAUGGACUCAAUAUGGACUUUGUUGAUCCUGCUCAGAUCACCAUGAAAGUGAUCCAAGGCUUAUACAGUGGGGUCACCACAGUGGAACUGGAUACGCUGGCUGCUGAGACAGCUGCAACUUUGACUACGAAGCACCCAGACUAUGCCAUCUUGGCAGCUAGGAUUGCUGUUUCCAACUUGCAUAAGGAAACAAAGAAAGCGUUCAGUGAUGUGAUGGAGGACCUCUGCAACUACAUAAACCCACACAAUGGGAAACACUCUCCCAUGGUGGCCCGUUCAACAUUGGAUAUUGUUUUGGCCAAUAAGGAUCGUCUGAAUUCUGCCAUUAUCUACGACCGAGAUUUCUCUUACAAUUACUUUGGCUUUAAGACAUUGGAGAGGUCCUAUUUAUUGAAGAUCAAUGGAAAAGUGGCUGAAAGACCCCAACAUAUGCUGAUGAGAGUCUCUGUGGGGAUCCACAAAGAAGACAUUGAUGCUGCAAUUGAAACAUACAACCUUCUUUCUGAGAAGUGGUUCACCCAUGCCUCUCCUACUCUCUUCAAUGCGGGUACCAACCGCCCACAACUGUCUAGCUGUUUCCUUUUGAGUAUGAAAGAUGACAGCAUUGAAGGCAUCUAUGACACUCUCAAGCAGUGCGCUUUGAUCUCCAAGUCUGCUGGGGGGAUUGGUGUAGCUGUGAGUUGUAUUCGGGCCACCGGCAGCUACAUUGCUGGGACUAAUGGUAAUUCCAAUGGCCUUGUACCAAUGCUGAGAGUAUAUAACAACACAGCUCGCUAUGUGGACCAGGGUGGAAACAAGCGGCCUGGAGCAUUUGCUAUUUACCUGGAGCCUUGGCACUUAGACAUCUUUGAGUUUCUUGACUUAAAGAAGAACACAGGCAAGGAAGAACAGCGUGCCCGGGAUCUUUUCUUUGCCCUGUGGAUUCCAGAUCUCUUCAUGAAACGAGUGGAGACAAAUCAGGACUGGUCUUUGAUGUGUCCAAAUGAAUGUCCUGGUCUGGAUGAGGUUUGGGGAGAGGAAUUUGAGAAGUUGUAUGAGAGCUAUGAGAAGCAGGGUCGUGUCCGCAAAGUUGUCAAAGCGCAGCAGCUUUGGUAUGCCAUCAUCGAGUCGCAGACAGAGACGGGCACCCCGUACAUGCUCUACAAAGAUUCCUGUAACCGGAAGAGCAAUCAGCAGAACCUGGGAACCAUCAAAUGUAGCAACUUGUGCACAGAAAUAGUAGAGUAUACCAGCAAAGAUGAGGUUGCAGUCUGUAACUUGGCUUCCCUGGCCUUGAAUAUGUAUGUCACGUCAGAGCACACAUAUGAUUUUAAGAAAUUGGCUGAAGUCACUAAAGUCAUUGUACGAAACUUGAAUAAAAUUAUUGAUAUAAACUACUAUCCUAUUCCAGAGGCACACUUAUCAAAUAAACGCCAUCGCCCCAUUGGAAUUGGGGUGCAAGGUCUAGCAGAUGCUUUUAUCCUGAUGAGAUAUCCUUUUGAAAGCCCAGAAGCCCAGUUACUGAAUAAGCAAAUCUUUGAAACGAUUUAUUAUGGAGCUCUGGAAGCCAGCUGUGAGCUAGCCAAGAAGUAUGGCCCCUAUGAGACCUAUGAAGGCUCUCCAGUAAGCAAAGGGAUUCUUCAAUAUGAUAUGUGGAAUGUCACCCCUACAGACCUAUGGGACUGGGCAACUCUCAAGGAGAAGAUUGCAAAGUAUGGUAUCAGAAAUAGUUUACUUAUUGCCCCAAUGCCGACUGCUUCAACUGCUCAGAUCCUGGGGAAUAAUGAGUCCAUUGAACCUUACACCAGUAACAUCUAUACUCGCAGAGUCUUGUCAGGAGAAUUUCAGAUUGUAAAUCCUCACUUGUUGAAAGAUCUUACUGAGCGAGGCUUGUGGAAUGAGGAGAUGAAGAACCAGAUCAUUGCAUGUAAUGGCUCUAUCCAGAGCAUACCAGAAAUCCCUGAGGACCUAAAGCAACUUUAUAAGACUGUAUGGGAAAUCUCUCAAAAAACUGUUCUCAAGAUGGCAGCUGAGAGAGGAGCUUUCAUUGAUCAAAGCCAGUCUUUGAACAUCCAUAUCGCUGAGCCCAAUUAUGGCAAACUCACCAGCAUGCACUUCUACGGCUGGAAGCAGGGUUUAAAAACUGGGAUGUAUUAUUUAAGGACAAGACCUGCAGCUAAUCCAAUCCAGUUCACUCUAAAUAAGGAAAAGCUGAAAGAGAAAGAAAAGGCAUUAAAAGAGGAAGAAGAGAAGGAGAGGAACACGGCAGCCAUGGUGUGCUCUUUGGAGAAUCGAGAUGAGUGUCUGAUGUGUGGAUCCUGAGAAAGGCUUAGAAGAGACCAGAACAUCUUCCAUAGCCAAACUACUUGACGGCGCUUAGAUAGUCAUAGUAGAUUUGCUUUGAGAUGGUAACGCUUUGCUGGAUCUUACUCCAAGGAAAGGAGUAGAUUUUAAAGCACUGUUUCUAGUUAGUGUAAAGAUAAGUUUUUUUUUUUUUUUUUUUUAAACACACGAAAACUUGCUAUAUUGAGAACCAAAAUAGAGGUUUGGGGAAUGCAAAAGAAUUCUCUUGGAAUUAGGACGUUGUUAGUUUCAUCACCCUCUAGCAUUCCUUUUCUGAUGAUCUAAGUUUAGUAAAGAGACUUCAUUUUCUGCUUUGAUGGAUUUUCUUGAAGCCAAACUGAACAAUUACUCAUGGAAAGUGCUGAAAGAACCUUUAGGUAAGGUUCUAUAGGUAAUUUUGAAAUAAAAACAAAUAUUUCUAAGUGACUGUGUGAUACUAAAUUUGCCAUUUUCAUACAAAGGUGAAAUUCAAGAAAAAAAUGUGUUUUCUAUUCUUUGAGUGUCUAGAGUGGAAAAAAUUUAAACAUGUUACUUAGAUUCCAUAUAGAAAUCUGAUGUUAAUCUGUGAUCUCCCCAUGGUAAAAUACACAUAGCAUAAAAUUUACUAUUGAGCUGGAGAGAUGGCUCAGCAGUUAAGGCGCUUGCCUGCAAAGCCUAAGGACCCGAGUUUGAUUCACCAGUACCCACGUAAAGCCAUAUGCACAAGGUAGUGCAUGCAUCUAGUCUUUGUUUGCCAUGCCCAUUCUUUGUCUCUUUCUCUCACUCUCUCCCAAAUAAAUAAAUAGGUAAAAUAUUUAAAAAUUAUUAUUUAUCCAUUUUAAGUGUAAUUGAGUGGUAUUUAUUACCUUUACAAUGUUUCAUAACUCACUACUUCCAGAAUUUUCCCAUCAUUUCAAACAGUACCUGUGCUCUCAUCAGAGCAGUUAUGUCUCAUUCUUCCUUCCCCUCAGUCCCUCGUAACCUCUGUUCUGCUUCAUGCUCUAUAAAAUAUGUUCUAGGAACCUCUGUAGAUGUAACAAUAUAUGUAUUUUUGUGUCUGUAUAGCAUAGUAGGUCAUCUCUUCCUGUGUAUAGAUACCUAUUUUGUUAAUCUAUUCAUAUAAUGAUUAAAAUUUUUGUUGCUUCUUCC